AUGAUACUGCAGAUCUCUCUGGUUGACAUUGAGAAAUGCAUUGGUGACUCUCCUUCAGAAUCCCACUGUGAAAAUCUCUGCACUGACCUGUUUGACAGUGGAGGUUUUGGUGCUGCUGAAUUGCUUAUCCUCACAGUGAUGUCCUAUGACCGCAACGUGGCCAUCUGCCGCCCGCUGCACUAUGAGAUCAUCAUGAACAAGGGGGCCUGUAGGCGGAUGGCGGUGGCUUCAUAUGUCAGUGCAUUGGUUUAUGGAGCCAUGCUUGCUUCAGCGACAUUUUCAACAAAUUUCAGUUCCAAUAAAAUCCACCAUUUCUUCUGUGAUAUCCCUCAGAUUUUGGUGAUCUCAGACCCCAAAAUGAACAUAGAUGAAGCUUCAGUGUCAUUAAUCGGUGCAAUUAUGACAAUAAUGUGUUUCACCUCCAUUUUAUAUUCCUAUGUCAACAUCUUCUCUGCUGUCUUGAAGAUCUCCUCCAAGGAGGGAAGGUCCAAAACCCUGUCCACAUGCAUCCCUCAUCUGGUGGUUGUGGCACUGUUCACUUUCACAGGUGCCUUGGCCUACUUGAAGCUUCCCUCUCCCUCUCAGACCAUCCUGGACCUCCUUCUGUCUGUUUCUUAUACUGUGUUGCCUCCAAUUAUGAACCCCAUCAUAUACAGCCUGAGAAAUAAGGUUAUGAAGGCAGCACUGGAGAGGGUUCUGAUUAAAGAAGUACAGAAAAUAUUUUAA